AUGAGGCUGUUCGCUUUGGGCUCGAAUGGAUCUGGGCAGCUUGGCCUUGGUCAUGCCGAAGAUGUCUCAAUACCCACCCAAUGUCUUUUCCAGGAAGACCUGGGCCCAGAUGAGACCGUGAUCAAGAUUGUCGCUGGUGGAAAUCAUACUCUUCUUCUGACGAACAAGAAACACGUAUAUGCAGCUGGCUGCAACACAGACGGCCGAUGCGGCCCAGUGACAUCCGAUGAUGACUCCCAAGACGUGGACAAUCUGCUCACAUUCCGAAGAGUCAUUCUCACUGACUGCGUAACGGGUGUGAACAUCGACACCUUCACGACCAUCUCUGCGACUUGGGAGGGAAGUGUUCUUGUUGCUGCGGUGCCGGAUCCCUCUGAUCAGGACGUCUAUCAAGACAAAGUGUUCGUCAUGGGAUCGAGCCCGAAAGGAGAAUUAGGCUUGGAAUGGCUAGCCAGCGUCAAAUCAGCGACUAAGGCGAUUCAGCCCGGUGUCUCUAUACCGGAUUUCCCGCCAAGCAGCACCCAGAUUGUCGCUUUGGCAAGUGGCAUGGGUCAUUCCGUUGCUAUUCUUUCUAAUGGCCAUGUCUACGGCUGGGGCGGGUCACGGAAGGGCCAAUUGGGCGAUAGUCUCAAAGGAGAAAAGGUUGUCUGGACUCCAACCGAGAUUCAAGGAUUGCCGUUUGCUGCACAGACCGCCGUAUGCGGACGCGAGUUUACAGUGAUCUGUGGUGAUCGUAGCAAAGGGGAACUUGUUGUUCUUGGAGAUAAGGCUAAUCGAUGGGGGGUCUUGAACGUGCCCGUAAGCCUACAGCUGUCCACGCCAGAUGGGAAUGGCAAGACCCUCAUGCCAUUCUCUGAUAUCGGAGCGAGUUGGCACGGUAUCUACGUACAUGCCAUCUCAUAUGGUGCCUCUGACAAGGCACAGUCCAAUCGCUUGAUGGCCUGGGGUCGAAACGAUCGUGGCCAGCUGCCCCCUGAGGACUUCCCAUCGCCUGUCAAAAUGGCAGUAGGGAGCGAGCAUGUGGUGACAUUGAUGGACAAUGGCAUAGUCGCUGCAUUUGGAUGGGGAGAACACGGCAACUGUGGUACUCAUACCGAUGAUCGAGGUAACGUUACUGGGCAAUGCAGUCAGAUUCCGCUGACCUCAGUCAUGGCUGGCGGUGGUCGAGUGACUGGCCUCGGAGCUGGAUGUGCGACAAGCUGGAUUAUUGCGGAAUAUUGA